GCGAAUCAAUAAGUAACAUACACGCACACAUUAAACUUCAGGAUAAAGUUUGCGAUGCGGGCAAGUAACCUUGAAAGACAGAAAUGGAGGAGCAGGUGCCGAGAAGAUUUGUCACGCUAUAUCCAAACUCAACUUGGUAUUACUGUUGAGCCAGCACAAGUUCGUCUUCUUCCACGCUUAGAUGACCCCUACCGCUGGCGCGCGGUGCCUGAGAAGCAACAUUUGUUCUCUAAGAAUCUUAGUGAUCAUUCGAUCGGGGCAUACAAAUCUCUCUGUGACGGCAUAGGGAAGACCUUCGAGGCUGUUUGUUGUGACGAAUGGAGUACUAUGCGCAAUGGAGAUGAUAUAGAAGCAGUUUUGGGAACGUCUAUGUUAUCAACGGAAGCAGACAUCGGCUUUACUGGCAAGAUAUCUCUGUGUAUAGAGCAGCAGAAGCGAUUAGAUUUAGAAAACACUGUUAACUGUUUACAGCUAGAAAUUGCGCAGACUCAAGCAUAUCUAGAAGAAAGUUUGAAGGCUGCUGAAGGCUAUGUAACAGUGCGUCACCGUCAUUUAGAUGCCUUGCAUCGAGUGCUCCCCAUACUUGAAGAGUUGAGGCAGGACAUCUCCAAUACUUCCCUACAAUACCAAUCACUGCCAACGUCUUGCUAGAGUAAACGCGAUCAAACAAGACACUUCUGCCCUGAAUGAGCCCAAGCCUGAUAAGCAACUUCUCGAAAGGCUAAAAGCUAGUAAGCGCUGCUCAGACUCUUCUCCAGGGCCAUAAUUGUCGAAGCUACACUUGCAGGCUUGAUCACAAAAAGAUUCUGUGUAUCUACCCUCGACC